CGUAAAGAUGUCCGGAUGCGUGUACGCAUGUCUGUGAUAUUGUAACUCUGUGCGAUGUUUUUGAUGCUUGACAAGAGUUUACUAAAUAUAAAAUAUAUCUUGUUAUUGCAAUGUGUAAUUAACUGGUGGUAUAAAGAGUGAUUGUUUAUUAAGUGAAUAUGCUUUUUUGGAUAUCUACCACCAUGAGAAAUAUUCUGUACAUCAGCGUGUGUUUCCUAUUAAAUGCAGUAUUAAUUGAAGCUAAAGAUUACAACAUUAUAGACUACUACAAAAGAAAACUUCUCAUGGAUCCUGAACAAUAUAAGGAACCUUCGCACUUUGCCCCCUCCGUAUCCAUAGAUAACAAUUAUUUCUUUAAUAACCAACUAUCUAUUCCGUUUACGAUAACUUCUACCUUCAGUUCCAGUUUUAAGGGUUCUUUUUGUGUCUUUACCAUAAAGACCAAACAUAAAGGUCAUGUGAUUUUAAACCUGUGCAUGAGCAAAUCGUCUUCUACUAGUAUGACGAUAGUUUUAAGAACUAAGAACCAAAAAAGAGAAUUAUUAAUUGAUACAACUUUUACUAAUGAUGAUGCAAAUAUAUUAAUAUCAGUGAAAAAAAAUAAAGUGACUUUGAAAUACAAAGACGAGGAAUGUCCCGAAGUUGAUAAUGAAGAUAGUGUAAUGAGAGAUCUAGACAUGUCCGAACAUUUGUUGCUGCAAAUAGGAGAUUCCACACAGAGCAGAGUAGAUCGUUUGAAUAUAUAUACAGGAGAAGAUCAGUAUAGGAUUAUUAAGGAAUUCUGUAAUUUACCAAGCCGGGGUGACACUGAUCCAUACUUGCUAAUAGAGCCUGAAAAAGGUGACAAAGGCGCUAAAGGUGAACCUGGAAAAUCAGUGGCCGGUCCAUCAGGGUCACAAGGACCUGAAGGUCCCAAAGGUCCACAUGGCCCGCCUGGGCCAAAAGGAGAGAGAGGAGCAUGUGAAUGUUCGAAGUCUGAGAUAAAAUCAGUCCUUAUGAAGUCAUUACCAGAUAUGAGGGGAUUACCUGGACCUCCUGGGCCUCGAGGAGAUAACGGCGAACCAGGAGUAAUUGGUACGCCGGGUCAUCGAGGUGAACAAGGAAUACAAGGGGAUAAAGGUACUAAAGGUGACAAAGGCGAAAUGGGGGACUUCGGUCCACCAGGAAAAGAUGGAUCACCAGGCAGAGAUGGUACACUUGGCCCGCGGGGACAACCAGGACCACCAGGAGUACCAGGUACCUGUAAGGUCGCGGAAAAAUCAAAAGAGGUAUAUGUAGCUGGAGAAAGAGGUGAUCCGGGGCCACCUGGUAAACCGGGAGACCGGGGUGACAAAGGUGAAUGGGGAAUAAAGGGAGAUAAGGGUGAUCAGGGUCAUAAAGGAUCAGAAGGAUUGAAAGGAGAAAAAGGAAAGACAGGUGAACGAGGCUUCGACGGAAAUCCUGGUACCCCUGGAUAUCAUGGAACUGCUGGUAAUAAAGGCGAAAGAGGGGAAAAGGGUGAAACGGGUUCACCCGGCAUUCCAGCAAAACUCUCUUCAAUAUUGGACAUCGAAAUAGACCCUGCCGAAAGAAAAGAAAUAGUUAACAAACUUUUUGACUUCAAAGGAGAACUUGGACUAUCAGGAGAAAAGGGGACGAAAGGUGACCCAGGUUUACCAGGUAGUCCAGGACCACCAGGAAAUGAUGGUAAGAAUGGUAAUCCGGGAGCUAAAGGUGGAACAGGACCGCAAGGGAAAAGGGGUCCUAGUGGACACAAAGGAUCAAGAGGACCGCCAGGGCAGAAAGGUGCUACUGGAUUACAGGGACCGCCUGGUCCUUCAAGAAAUUUGGACACAAAGUUCUCGAAACAGGGUCUCAAAGGUGAUCGAGGUAUUUCGGGCCCUGCAGGACCAAAAGGAGUAAAGGGGGAUAUUGGGCCUAAAGGAGAUGCGAUUAAAGGAGACAAAGGUGAUCAAGGAGGCAUUGGCAAACGUGGCGAACCCGGCCUUCAAGGGCCAGCGGGAGUAUGCACUUGUCCGAAUACGACGACUAUCCCCACUGCCGGCCCGCCUGGCCCUCCAGGACUACCAGGAUUACCUGGACCUAGAGGACCCCCAGGUUUACCAAGUCCCACGGUAUCGGGGCCAAAAGGAAAUGUAGUAGUAAACACUUUUACAGGUGAAAAAGAUGUCUUUUCAAUCAACAGUGAAUCCAAUCAACACCCAAUAAUCAGUGAGACGAAUCAUCUAAACGAUGACGAUUUCUACAAAACAAAUACAGUUGUUUUUAGAACGAGAACAACUCUCUACAAGUACUUACAGAAAUCGUCCAGCAUGCUAUUGGGGACAUUGGCUUACAUUAUACAUGAGAAAGUAUUAUUGGUAAAGGUGGAUAAUGGAUGGCAUCGUGUUUUGACGGAUUCAUUUAUAAAAGAGCACACUACCGGGGCAUCUUCAUACCGAAGGCCAUCCCGACAUGACGGUCCAACCAGAACACUCACGAACUGUGUGAAAAUGGGAACUUGUAUACGUAUCGCGGCUUUGAAUAGAGCCUAUUCAGGACGUAUUUCUACAAAUGGCAACAUUGUAGGCGUGCCGGCCGCUGAAAACGAAUGCCAUAUACAGGCAAAAAAUAUUAAUUUAAAAAAUUUUACUCCAUUUAUAGCUCGCAGCACACAAGCGCUCAGAAAAUUGGUGGCAAAUGACAAGUUGAAAGUAGUGAAUUUAAAAGAAGAAUUACUAUUCGACUCAUGGCAUGACAUUUUUAAUGGAUCUGGCGCUCCGUUUCAAAAUUGGAAAAACAAUAUUUAUAGUUUUAAAGGGAAUAAUAUUGUAAUAGACCACAACAUUUGGCCUGAAAAAGUAGUUUGGCAUGGCAGCAAUUUGUACGGAAAUUAUACAAAUGACAAUAAUUGUUUGAAUUGGGAAAAUGAGAGUGCUUCGUAUUAUGGUACAGCAUCGGCAUUGUAUGAUAGUAACAACAGCGGUUUACUAAGUCAAACAAAUUAUCCAUGUGACAGGAAAUUUAUAAUUCUCUGCGUAGAGCAACACCCAAGUUUUAUAACCAACGACGUUCUAAGAAGACGAAGACAUUUUCCAUCACGAACGAGACAAAGGCAAACGAGAUUAUAGUACACAAUACGAGAUUAUAGU